AUUUUUUUGUUUUAAAUUCUCUCCCCAAAUCAAGGUACAAUUAAAAAAGAAAGAAAAAAAAAAAAAAAUUGUUCUCCACCGGAACGUGAGGGAAUACAAUAGCCGGUGCCAAAAGUUUUCGGGCUAUCGGAGCGGCCUGUCACCCAAGAGAAAACACGCACAACGGGGGAGAUAUCGAGGAAACCAAGGCGAGGAGCACGGUAUCUUCGGAACGGAGGGAAAAUAACCCACAGCGCGAAGUAAGGAGGGUCGACGGCAGCUGAGCCGAUCGUCCAUCUGCGCUUUGAGGCGCGAGACAGUUUCGGGGGUUGCAGUAUCUGUAGGAGCCACGUCGUAUCCCAUGUAAUAUAUAGCAUAAAGUGAACACAUUUACAACGGGAGGAAGGGGAGGCACGGAGAAGGAAGGACGCAACAGACGGAGUAGGAUGUCCGCGGUCGAGAGUGCCCUAGACGUCCUCUCCAGGGCUGCCACGAUGGUGCAAGAAGAAAGGCCAAAGGCGACGAAUCUGCAGCGGAGGCCGAGCAGCAGUUGGCGCAAGGAGCGCAGGCGAGACCCGAUCCAAAGCGAGGCCCUCGACAUGUCGGCAGCGGCAAGGGCGGCGGUGCACUGCGGCCAACCGUCCAACGGUAGCCACCACCACCACAGUCGGCCCAGCGUCAUCGUACCCACGAUCGCUACCCCCCAUCAGCAUCACGGGCUCCACUCGCCCGAGAACGCUGCCGAACUCCUCGCCGGAGCAACGACGGAGGACACGGCCGUGACGCCGACGGCGAGCGUGACGCCCUCGGCAGCGACGCGGGGCCAGCGCACGGGCAUGAGAACGGCCGGGGUUGCGAGCGAUCCCGCGAUAGACGAGCACUUCAAGCGCUCCCUCGGUCUCAAGGACUACGCGGCGGUGUUCAACGCCGCCACCAGCGACAAGGAGACCGGCCUCAGCGUUGACGACCACUUCGCAAAGGCUCUGGGCGAGACGUGGACGAGGCUGCAGGCGACCACCCGUAGCAAGGACUCCACAUAAUUUGGCUCGGCCGCUGGUAGCCGCCGGUGCGUGUUUAUUACCUCCUCGCUUGUCGAUAGUUCUUGUUGAUGACGCCCCUCGCCUUCGCUGAUGGUACAUGGACGAAUGGGGCUGACCAAGGGAAGAAGAGACUCGUUUACGAGAGCAAAGGUGCUUCCUAUGUAGACGCAGGACGCGAAGAAAAAGUGGAGAGGGUUCGUCGGGAGAGGCCCGCAACGCUUGUUCUGUACAUAUAGAUGUAUGUUUUUUUUUUCCUUUUUUUUUUUUUAAUGCACCAUUGUUGCAGCGUGUAAGGGAAAAAGAAGAAAAAGCGACGGUGACGUUGUCGCGUACAUCUCGUUUUAUUUAUUACUCAAGCGUCAAGAACAAUUAAUUAUAUUGUCGAUAUUGAUGAUUAUUACUAAAUACCAAUUAAUUUUGCUCGGCAAUAAUACAUACAUAUUUAUAUAAAUUCGAUUUUUAAACAUACGUGGUAUAAAUGUUGUAUAUUACAUGAAA